GAAGGACUUGGACUAGCCUUGCCUCCUGCUGGCUCUCGCUCGCUCGCUCUCUGGGCGCGCGCUUGGAGAGGAAGAAGCACGGGAGCCCCGAGGAGGAGAGCAAGUCCAGUCGGCGGAGGCGGGACAGGGCUGGAAGGAGGCGGAUCCCCCCAGGAUGGAUUUGGGGGGGGGGGCAGAAAGAGAGAGACAGAGAGAAGCUUCUUUGCAACCACGCUCUCUUUUCGCAGGCACCCGACAUCUCCCUCUCUCUCUCUCUCUCUCUCUCUCUCUCUCGCUCCUUCCUAGAGAUCCAUACAUUUCCCCCUGAGCCUCUCACCUCCUCCUUUGGGGGACUCUGACUGAAGAGAGAGAGAGAGAGAGGAGGGGGGAAGGAGGGAGGGAGGGAGAAGAAGAGAGAAACAUAGAAGCCCCCCCCCCUAAUUUUACCCCAAGAGGCUCCCCCUGUUUUUCCCGAAGGAUUCGCCGCUUCUUUUGGCCAAGGACUUUCUCCUUCUCUCUCUGGAAAGGACUCGCUCCCUUCUUUGAGGCACAAGCUCCAGCCCCUCUUUUGGAAAGGACUUCUUCUUGCCGGGGCUCCCUCUCUCUCUCUCCGGCUGCCAGGGCCCCGGGGCUCGGCCUGGCUCGGGGCCCCGGGGGCGAUGGUGGUGGUGGCGGGGCUGGCGUCCGAUGCGGCGGCGGCGUCGCGGUGGCCGGAGCAUGGCUGAGCGGAGGAGCAGCAAGGUGCUGGCGGCGGUGGCCUUGGGCUCGGUGGGCUUCCUGCUCAUCCUCUACCAGUAUGUGGGGCCGGGGCUGAGCCUGGCCGGGGGCCCCGCGGGAGCCAGAGGCGGCGCCAGGGGCGGCCUCCGAGGAGCCGGAGCAGGAGGCGGCCUGCGCGCUUCCUUCCCGGAGGACGGGGAGCUGGCGGCGGCGGCGGCGGGCGACCUCUUUCCGACGCCGGACCCGCACUACGUCAAGAAGUACUACUUCCCGGUGCGGGAGCUGGAGCGGCGCCUGGCCUUCGACAUGAAGGGCGAGGACGUGAUCGUCUUCCUCCACAUCCAGAAGACCGGCGGCACCACCUUCGGCCGCCACCUGGUCCAGAACGUCCGCCUGGAGGUGCCCUGCGACUGCCGCCCCGGGCAGAAGAAGUGCACCUGCUACCGGCCCAACCGGAGGGAGACCUGGCUCUUCUCCCGCUUCUCCACCGGAUGGAGCUGCGGCCUCCACGCCGACUGGACCGAGCUCACCAACUGCGUCCCCGGCGUCCUCGGCGGCAAGAGGGAAGGCGGGCCCAACGCCAACGCCCCGGCCCCCGCCAAGAGCCCCAGAUUGCAUCAUCUCCCAAACUUGACCCUUCUGGCUCAGAGAUGCUCUUUCUCUUCCGCUCCAGAGUCUAUAUACAACAGAAAAUUUUACUACAUCACUUUGCUGAGAGAUCCUGUAUCCCGUUACCUCAGUGAAUGGAGGCACGUCCAACGAGGAGCUACCUGGAAAACAUCCUUGCACAUGUGUGAUGGCCGAACACCAACUCCUGAAGAGUUGCCAUCAUGCUAUGAAGGCACAGACUGGUCGGGAUGUACUCUUCAGGAGUUCAUGGAAUGCCCAUAUAACCUAGCCAACAAUCGCCAAGUGAGAAUGUUAGCUGACCUGAGCUUGGUGGGCUGCUAUAAUAUGUCCUUCAUACCAGAAAACAAGCGAGCACAGGUAUUACUGGAGAGUGCUAAGAAAAAUCUCAGAGACAUGGCCUUUUUUGGUUUGACCGAGUUCCAGCGGAAAACGCAGUACUUAUUUGAGAGAACUUUCAAUCUGAAAUUCAUCCGGCCAUUCAUGCAAUACAAUAGCACAAGGGCAGGUGGAGUGGAAGUGGACAACAACACCAUUCGGAGAAUCGAAGAACUUAAUGACUUAGACAUGCAGCUGUACGACUAUGCAAAAGACCUCUUCCAACAGCGAUACCAGUACAAGCGUCAGCUGGAGAGGAUGGAACAGAGGAUAAAGAAUCGGGAAGAGAGGCUUCUUCACCGGUCUAAUGAGGCACUUCCCAAGGAAGAAACGGAAGAACAAGGACGGUUGCCGACAGAGGACUACAUGAGCCAUAUUAUAGAGAAGUGGUAGCCUUGGCUGAAUUUUAUACUGAGAACAGGAUAUUAGGGUUUUCAUAAUAAAAAACCCACAGAAUUUCAAAACAAAACAAAACUCUUAUUUAAAAACAGUCUGUAAAACAGAAAGUAGAAUGCUUCUUUAAACAAAGGUCUUUUUACUGUUUCUUAUAAGACCAGUGGGGUUCUUAAUAAAAUAAAAUAAAAUAAACAAAAAAAGAGUCCAUCGGUCGGAGAGAGCUCAGAGUUUAAUGCACAAUGUAGUUCCCCCAUCUCUGAGACCAAAUACAAUGAACGCGUUUCAUUCUCCAAAAUGCAAAUCUAGAGGUCACAGAUUGUUGCUUUGUAGCCAUCCUUUUCCCUCAGCAACAGCCAUUUGAUCUACAAAAUGUUUCUCUCCCUUGCUCAUGUGAGGUUUUCAACUGUGAAAGCCAUGAGAAUGACAGGAGUGCGUAGGGAGUGAUUUCACCUCAGAUUCAGCUGCUUGGCUUGGAAAGGAAACCAUGGUAAAAAAGAAAGGAACCCAGUCAAAACAGCCCAUCAAAAAGGAAAAGCAGAGGAUGAGAAACAAUCAAGCAAACCAACUACAGCCUGGACCACAUGUCAAGCACAGACCUUUGGAUUCAUGACACUGGUGUCUUGCAUGCAUACAUUCUCAUUGCAUUACUAAAAUUACUGGUAAAUUUGCGCACAAAUAUCCUCAGCCUUUACCUUUAAGGUCGUGGUCCAAAAGCUAACCUGUUCCUAGCCAUAAAAUCAAACAUAGAUGAUCUUAUCACACAUUCACAUAGAUGUCCUUUGUAGAGGUAGAUGAUGUGCACCAAUUCAUCACAUUCAAAAAGGGAAUGGUCUAUUGGGGUAAUUACAAUCAACACAUAAACGUCUAUAUCAUUGCCUGCUUGGUUGGUCUCCUGCUUGUGCUUGCCUAUGCUCAGAAACACCUUUUGCUUCCACUUGGGACAUUUAUUUAAUUUGAUGCAGAUAUUAAACAUUCAGAAUGUUCACUGGUUGACACUAAUUAUUGUUCUCAACACCAGUGAGUAUUCUACAGUAAAAGUUAGAUGCACUUAAAUUCCAGGUAGGAACUGGACAAUUCAAUUAUAAUGACUUCAGCUGGGUUUAGCUACAAUUAACUUUUGCUGGACUGCAUUCACUCACUAGUUGUAGAACUGCUGCUGUGUUGGAACUUAAGAAGCACAUUACAUACCACUCUUCUGUACAGGGGCAAAGUCUGUCUUGCCUUUUUAUUUAUAAGCAAAGCAAUAGCAUUUGGAAGACUGGAAAUCUUGAUUGAUUCUAAGCUUCUAGCUUGGGUUUUAGAAGCUCUUGAUAACCACAUUAUUCCUCCUUCUUUUUUUUCACCACCGUAUAAGCUUUUGUUUGGAUAGCAUUUGGUGAUCAUUUAUUUGAUCUCUCUCAUCUAAAGCACAAUUUUUUCUUUGCUUUCCAAACACUUCUGUGAGUUGAUCUGAACCCAAGGUGAAUGAAACAGAAUCAACAUGUGUUUGCCACCUUCUGUACUUAUCAAUACGAUGUAAAUGGCCAGGUUGUAGACAAAAUCUGAAUAAGUUAUCAAUAAGCUUGAUUCUCAAAGAAUGGGCUCACUGCAUAUCACAGAGAGAACUGAAAAUAGAGAAAGAUAGACUGAUAUAUAUGUAUGUGUGUUCCAAUGUGUCUUUCAGCAUAAAGAAGCACUGAAAUUUCU